UCGCCUUCCGAACACGAAGCGAUACAGAGGCGAUCAGGUUCAUUCAGCGCAGCUAAAUGGGAAACAUAGGAAACAAGACAUAAACGGGAACAGAACUCUUUCUGGGUUGCGAGAGACGGAGGGGGAGGAGCUAACAUGGAGUUGGGGGCGGAGCCUGUGUCAGGUGUCUCCUCAUUGGGUAGAGCCUCGCAUGCUGGGGACCAGCCGAUACCAGUCUCUCCAGACUCCACGUCCGUCAGAAACGAAGAACUUCAAACCGGAGCCUCAAAACCUCAGCUGCCUCCCAAACCCAAAAUCUCCCCCAAACCGGCUCACCUCCUCGUCGCCCCGAAACGAAGCGGCGAGACGACGGGCGGGGGGGCACCCCCGAACCCCCAGGCUACUGAGCCCCCCCGCCGGUCCUCCCAGAGCAAGAUACCAUCCCACAAUGCACCGGGGGCCCCCGAGCUGCCUUCCGCCCACAGGAUGCAUUGCCUGGCUGGUCCCAGACCGUACGGGAAACCAGCGAACCCCAACAGCGUCCGGAUAGGAUUCCCCAGGCAAGCGCAGAGCCAGGGGACCCCAAAACUGACUCCCCCGGUCCCCACUUCAAAACCAGCCUCUCUGAAGAAUCUUAAUAAUAAUAAUAAUAAUAAUAAUAAUAAUAAUAAUAAUGUUAUUAGAACUGUUACUCCAUUCAGUUCCACUGCAAGUAACUCAGGACGGUCCCCAGACGGGAAUUUGUCAGGAAAUGAUGUUCUAGAUCCAGAAAUCGAUCCCUUUGGGAAAAGUCUCCCGAGACCGGAAAAUCCGGGUUCCGAGAGGAAGGCAGAAGUCCCGAGCGGCGAAAAUGUGGAGGCUGAACCGCCCGCGGAGGGUUUGAAAGUCUCAGACUCGCGACAAAUCCAAACCGGACCCCGAAACGAGCGAGCGACGGAAACGCCGGAACGGGAAGCUGAAUCCGGCGAGGAGGAUUUGAAAGCCGGAAGAUCUCGAGAAACCCGGCCGAGUUCUGCAAAAGCGGUUCUCGGUCCCGCACCGGAACCCGGUCCCGAUUGCCGGUCGGAGCACGCCGCUCCCGCCCGGAAACUCUUCCACGUCAAGCAGGUCCGGAUCGGGAACGAUCCCAAGAGGUUUCCUGGGACGACCGUCGACCAAGUCCUGGCUGAGAUCGAGGAAUCUAAGAUGCGAAAGCUCAGAGGGAAGGCGAUGGAGGUCCGGGAGCCGGGAUGCGACUCCGCGUUUCAGCGGAGAGUUUGGGAAGCCCCGGGGAGCCCCGGGUUUUUUAAGGGAGCUCCCCAAUACUCCUUUAUGAAUAGGGGGAGCCAGAGAGGAGGUUUGGGGUCACCGACCGGGCCAGGAGAGAAUCCCAUAUUGGGACAGGCUGGGAUGGGGAAGGAGGCUUCGAGACUGGAGGAAGAGUCCGGAACGGGUUUGAGGAAAGAUGACAGUUCGAGCGGGAAUCUCGUCGGGUCAAAUUCCGGUCUUGGCGAUUCGGGAUCGGUUGAUAUUGACGAUUCGAUUUCUGCUGAGAAUUCGGUUUUGAAAUCAAGUUCUGCUCCUGCUGAUUCAAGUCCAGGAGAUUCGAGAUCAGUUCCAGAUUCCCCCAAUGAUUCCGUUCCGGGUUCUGCUGAAAAUUCAAGUCGGAAAUCCGAUUCACAUCAAAAUCAAAGUCCUGGGGAUUUCAAUUCAGAAUCAAAUCUUUGCGAUUCGAGACCGAAUCUAGUUACCACUUGUUCGAUGUCACCUCCUGCUGAAGAUUCGGGCCUGAAAUCAAAUCUCAGUGAUUUCAUUCAAAAUCAAAGUCCUUCUGAUUUCACUCCAAGUCCAAUGGCUGCUGAUUUCGUUUCAGAUUCAAGUCUCAAUGAUUUCAAAAUAAAUCAAAUUGUAGAUUGUUCGAUUUCAAGUUCUACUGAACAGUCAAGCCUUCAGCAAUAUAUUGACGAUUCGAAACCAAAUCAGAUCUGUGAUUAUUCUGCUGAAAAAUCAGGUCCAGAAUCAGAUCUCGGUGAUUCAAUUCAAAAUCCUGCUGAUUUUAUCUCCAGUCCAGUUCCUGGUGGUUUAAUUCCAGAUUCAAGUCUGAAACCAGUAGAUCUUGGAGAUCCCAGUCCAAUUCUGAUAACUGGUGUUGAUGGGAAUUCAGAAUCAAAAUCUGAUGAUCUCGUUCGGAGUUCUGAUUUCAGUCUGCUUGCAAGCCUCUCUGAUUCCGCCAGCCAUCCCAGAUUAUCCGAGGAUCUGGAUCAAAUUCAGGAACAAGAUAUGCAGGUCUCUGAAGGCUCUCUCCCGGAUGCUCCUCCGUCGACUGUAAAAGGAAUCCCGGAAAACUCCGAUCCCAACGCGGAUCACACCGGCACGCCGGGCAGCAGCGUCUCCGGGGAGAGAUUCCCCAGCGUUGGGAACCCCCCGGAGACGCGCAGUCCAGAACCGGAACCGAAAAAACGCUCUCCGGUUCCAGGAGGUUCCGAAGGCAGGAGAAGCUCCUUGACUGAAUCCGAGGGUCGGGAUCCGUUCGCGCAGGAGUUCCGGGUCGCCGAGGAGCGGGGGGCUGCGGUCUCAGAGGAGGAGCUGGAAAGCCAGACGCCCGACUCCGGGGCUGAAGAUCUGGAAGGGAUCGUCGACACGGAAGACGCCGGAGAUCGGGGAAAGCAGACGUGUUUUCUGGAGGCGGAUUCCAGACAGCAGCUUGUAAGGAGUCAGGAUUCGGGCGACGUUUCUGAAGCCCGGAAGCUGAGAGCAGGACAGGGGGAGGCAGGAGAGAUUCUGGAAGACGAUGGUUCUAGAGCGCUACUGAUGACAAGUCCGGAUUUGUUGCAGACGCCGGUUGGCAUUUCUAGAGGACACGGCUUAGAGAAGAGACAGGGAAGCGCUGGUGUUCUGGAAGAGGGGGGUUCUAAGCUGUUGCCUAGUCCCGUUACGAAGUUCCCGACUUCGGGAGAGAAGGUAUUUGGGGGGCUGUUUGAGGUAGAGACUAAACCCUCACAGGAACCUCGUGCAAACCCGGAACUGCCCCAGGUUGAGUCUAGACCCGAACGUUCCGAGCUGACAGAAGUCUUGCAGUUGGAGGGGUGGCUGCGAGGGCUGGACACCCCCGAGGUAACCCUGAAUCCCGGAACUAGAUCUAGAACUGGGUCCACAGAACCAGAAUCUGGAGGGGAACCUAGAACAACGUUUCUUUCAGGGACAGAAGGUUGUCUCCUAGAUCUUUCAGGGGGCGCUCUGGAGAUUGGCGCGGCAUCUAGAACGGGAUAUUCCAACACAAAAUCGAAAUCUGACCCCUGGAUCCUGGAUCUUUUACAUCUUUCUGGUGGGGGUCUAGAACCUGAGACAGAAUCUAGCACUGCUCCUAUUGCUUUCCCUGCUGGAAAUAGUCUAGAUCACAAUCCAGACAUUCAGAAAGAAGCUAGUAUCGCCACAGCUGUUCAAAACCUAGAUCUUUUGAUUCAAUGGGAUCUAGAACCUGAGAGAGACUCUGGAACGGUGCCUUCUCGUGGGACGAUGGAACUUAUAGAUAUUUCAGAACCUGAAGCCAAAUCGACCAUAGAAGGCUUCAGUCUUCUAGAAGGAGCAAAGUGUUCUAAACCAGAAUCUAGAGCCCUAGAUAUUUUCUCAGACAGCGGCAUAGGAACAGAGAGCGAGUCUAGAACCGAAUCAUGUACUUCCACUAAAGAACCUGAACAGACCAAUCUCCUGAUACCAGAAUCAGAUUUCAGAACAGAACACAGUAACCUAGACCUUGUAGACUGCACUCUAGAACCAGAACCUAAAUCUAGAACCCCAUCAUCAAUCCUUUUGGACUCUCUGAAUGCCAGUUUGGAUUCCUGGCCAGAAAUUAGAAUGAUUGGAGGAAACCUAGAACCUCCAUAUGGUGACCUAGAACCUAGCACACUGCCGGAGAACCAAGACGACAGAGAGAAAGACCAGGAAGAUCGACCUAGAACACAGUCCACUUCCCACACAGGAGAGAGAAGUCUAGAUCAACUCCUUCUAGACGGGGGUCUAGAACUCAACAGAACCGACACCAAUGGUCUCUUAAGUCCAGAACCAGCUCAGGGUUUCGAAUGUAAAAGCUCUCCGGGGAGAAAUGCAGACGGUUCUAGUGUUCUAGACUCUAGUUCUGGAACCCUUCAUGGGAGACCUUCUUCAGAUAUCUCUGCUGUAGAUGUUGCAUCUUCUUCAGCGGGGGAGGAAGAAGAGGGGAGACACGAUGUGCCAAACAGGAAACGGUCACCCCAGUCACCCCGGUUUUAGAGAACAGCUGCCCGAUACCGGAUUCAAACACGGGCGCAGAGCGAACCCGAAAUGAUUCAAACCCUACCCAGCGCCCAUUUACCAGGGGAUGGGGGGUCCCUCUGCCAGACAGGACCUCAGUUGCCGGAAAGGGGACAAAGUUCCGAGGGUAAUUCUGAGACUGGAUCGGAACCCGACAAUGGAACCGAAACCAGCUGCCCUCCCCGAAUUUGGGAGCGGUGCCUGCCUUGUACCCCAACAGCCCCUUAUAAAGGAGAAACGUCCCGCGUCGGAAUUGAAAGGGGGACUUGAUACUAAAACCCAGAACGAACCUCCUGACGCCCCUGUUGAAUUUGGGACAGGUUCCACCCCUCCCUCUCAUCUCAGUUCUUAUGGAAGGGAAACGUCCCAAACGGGAAUCUCAGGGAACUGGGGGCUCAGAAAGGGCCCCCCAAGAAAACGACUCCAGACCUGCUUGAAACGAGCGAGGUUGAAGUUCCUCGCGGAAGCGACACAGAGCCCUGGAGGUAUGUUAUAUUCCACUCCAGGUUAAACCGGUACAACGAGAAGACCAGGAGUGGAAUCUCACCCCCCCAGGAUCGGGAUUGCCCAGCCCUGCAGAGUCUGGGUGUGGAAUUCCUGAGCGGCGACAGUUCAAGGUGUGGGGAAGGAGGGAGCGAGAGAAACGAGGAGGGAGUAAGAGAGAAACGUAAACACAGGCAAUGAAAGAGAAAUACAGGCUAGUGUAGUCUUCAGCUGAGCUGAGAGAGAGAGAGAGGGAGGAGAGAGAAAGAGGAAGUUGAAGGAGGGGAGAACGAAACAGACAGGAAAAGGUGAGCCAGUCACCAGGAGAGAGAGAGAGAGAGAGAGAGAGAGAGAGGAGA